AUGACCGAAACCGUUAUUCUGUUGGUACACUCUUUACAAAUGUCACAGAAAAAUGGGGAUCAUCACGUCAUCAACAUUUUGAAGACGGGUCGAUACCAGUACCAAAUCCCUGGGGAGAGACUGAGAGCUCAUCAGGAAGCGCUGGCGAAUGCUACUGUAAAUCUGAUGUGCAGGGAGCUCUAUGCCUUAUUCCCGCCUAAACUGGGAGAUGCGUCAACUGAUAGGGAUGAGUAAAUAGAAUUGCGGGUUUGCGAGCUGAGCAAGUGUAUGCAUGCUCAUUCUCACUACUAUCUUUCUAUUAAGAAAGCUUGUGAAGAACUGUUUUUGAAUGAUACGUUAGCCUUCGGCGUCUCGGAAGAGGAUGCGGCUGCGACCAAGCAAGCUUUUGAUGGAUUUUGGUAA